AUGUUCUACAUCCCCACCCCGGCAUUCUCCGCGCCCACGACCUUCAUCUCGUUUGGUGCCGCGCAGGACCCGCGGGAGGCGUACGAUAUGUUCAGGGACGCCAGCCAGGCGCUCCGGCCCUUGACGAAUCUGCCGCAGUCGGGGCGCCGGUCCUCGGUGUCGAGCACCAGCUCCACCAGCUCCGGCAGCGCGAAGGGAAAGAGCAGCCUGAAGAAGCUCUUCGGAGGGAUGUAA